CAGCUGGCCCUUCUAAGCAGCUAAAAGCCUCCAGACUAAGAGGUGUUCCCCACUCUGCAGCCAGACUCCUUGAAAUACCCUUUGAGUAAGCUUGACCAACGCCUCCAUGUCUCUGUUCUGCCAUAACAAAGGCUGUGGGCAACACUUUGACCCCAAUAGCAAUCUCCCUGAUUCCUGUCACUAUCACCCUGGUGUCCCAAUCUUCCAUGAUGCACUUAAGGGUUGGUCCUGCUGCCGAAAGCGAACUGUAGAUUUCUCUGAGUUCUUAAACAUCAAGGGCUGUACUGUAGGACCACACUGUGCUGAGAAGCUUCCUGAGGUCCCUCAGCCUGAGGGCCCUGCCACAAGUUCACUUCAGGAGCAAAAACCUAUGAAUACAAUUCCAAAGUCAGCAGAGACCUUACUCCGAGAAAGGCCUAAGUCAGAGAUGCCUCCAAAACUGCUGCCACUUAUGAUAUCUCAAGCCCUAGGAGUGGCAUUGGAACAGAAGGAACUAGACCAGGAACCUGGAGCAGGACUUGACAGUAGUCUGAUCUGGACUGGUUCCAGCUGCCAGAACCCAGGAUGUGAUGCUAUUUACCAAGGUCCUGAAAGUGAUGCUACUCCAUGUACCUACCACCCCGGGGCACCUCGGUUUCACGAGGGGAUGAAGUCUUGGAGCUGUUGUGGUAUCCAGACUCUGGAUUUUGGAGCAUUUCUGGCACAGCCAGGAUGCAGAGUUGGUAGACACGACUGGGCAAAGCAGCUGCCAGCAUCUUGCCGCCAUGAUUGGCACCAAACAGAUUCCUUGGUAGUGCUGACUGUAUAUGGCCAGAUUCCACUUCCUGCAUUCAACUGGGUGAAAGCCAGUCAAACUGAGCUUCAUGUCCACGUUGUCUUUGAUGGUAACCGUGUGUUCCAAUCACAAAUGAAGCUCUGGGGGGUCAUAAACGUGGAGCAGAGCUCUGUCUCCUUGAUGCCAUCACGGGUUGAAAUCUCCCUGGUCAAGGCUGACCCAGGAUCCUGGGCCCAGCUGGAGCACCCCGAUUCACUAGCUGAGAAGGCUAGGGCAGGGGUUUUGUUAGAGAUGGAUGAGGAAGAAUCUGAGGGUUCAGAUGAUGACCUGAGCUGGACAGAGGAGGAGGAGGAAGAGGAGGAAGAAGAAGCUAUGGGGGAAUAGGAACUGCACAGUUGAGUUUCUAGGUAGGCCCUUGGUGACCUCCUUAGAACCUCAGAGACCAGGAUAUGGUUGACUAUGUGUUGUCAUUGAGCAGCAGGAGGCUGGAGUAGAGAACAAACAAAACUGUCCAAACUGUGCUGCUGCUCCCCUAAAUAAACCUUAUAUUCUACAGUU